UCUAAAGAUGGCCGCGCCCUGUAGCCGAGGGGUGUGACAUAAUUUUAGUUGUACAACAUUCUGGAUGAUAGUUAAGAAGCAGGCAGCAUUGUGCCACUGACAUCUAGGACACGUAAACAUAAUUUCUACACUUUCUCAACCAUUGUAUCAUCUGUCCCAUCAUGGAAAAUGACGGUCUAAUACUCCCCAAAGACUUCCCUAAGUUGAAGAAUGAUGCAUUCCUCCGUGCAUGCCAUGGCCAGGAGACCAAUCAUGUGCCUGUGUGGUGUAUGAGACAGGCUGGACGCUACCUGCCAGAGUUCCGUGAGUUCAGAGCUGGGAAGGACUUUUUUGAAACUUGUCGGUCACCUGCAGCCUGCUGCGAACUCACUCUCCAGGUCUUCUCACAGCCAUUGAGACGUUUCCCAUUUGAUGCUGCCAUCAUCUUCUCAGAUAUCCUGGUUAUCCCACAGGCCAUGGGUAUGGAUGUCCAGAUGGUGGCAGGAAAGGGCCCUACGUUCCCAGAGCCCCUAAAGGAGCCAGAGGACCUGCUGCUCCUGCAGCCCAAGGUGGACGUCAACAAGGAGCUGGGCUAUGUCUUCAAGGCCAUCACAUUGACACGCCACAAACUGGAUGGCAAGGUCCCUCUGAUCGGCUUCACUGGUGCCCCGUGGACCCUAAUGGCCUAUAUGAUUGAGGGGGGAGGUUCAACAACCCACUCCAAGGCUAAGCGCUGGCUGUACCGCCACCCUGAGGCCAGCCACAAGCUGCUAAAGAUGCUGACGGAUGUCAUCGUAGAGUACCUGCUGGGACAAGUGGCUGCUGGGGCACAGGCCUUGCAGGUGUUUGAGUCCCAUGCUGGCUGUCUGGGCCCAGUGGAGUUCCAGGAGUUCUCCCUGCCCUACCUCCGAGACAUCGCCCGUAAGGUCAAGGACCAGCUGAAGGAGUCAGGCCAGGAUGUCCCCAUGAUUGUGUUUGCCAAGGACGGCCACUAUGGUCUGGAGGACCUCUCUCAGUCCCACUAUGAGGUUGUUGGUUUGGAUUGGACCAUCGAUCCACGCUCAGCACGAGAGCGGACGGGAGGAAAGGUUAGUCUCCAGGGGAACAUGGACCCCUGUGCACUCUAUGCCCCCAAGGAGCGUAUAUCAGAGAUAGUGAAGAAGAUGCUGGAAGGCUUUGGGACCAGAGGGUACAUAGCCAACCUGGGCCACGGGCUGUACCCUGACAUGGACCCAGAGAAUGUGGGUGCCUUUGUAGAAGCUGUCCACACUCACUCUCGCCACCUCAAUCUCAAGUAACACCCCCGUCACCAGGCAACAUUGACCACAGUCAUCAUACUAGCAGAGAGCAGCGCCCAAAGAACUAAGCAACAUUGCAUUGGUUUAUAGAGACAAUGUAUCAUGUAUUCACAGAAAUCCAAUCUACCAACAGGUCUUAUCAAGUAUGUUAUCCCAGGACAAAUCCAGACUUACGCUAUUCCACAAACAAUCAGCCGUUUCCAGCUACAAUAGUCAUUUACAACAUUAACAAUGUCUACACUGUAUUUCUGAUCAAUUUGCUGUUAUUUUAAUGGACAAAAAAUGUGCUUUUCUUUCAAAAACGAGGACAUUUAAGUGACCCCAAACUUUUGAACGGUAGUGUGUGAUUUUUCUUUUAUAAAUAAUAUUUUGGUUAUAUUCUAUAAAUAAUCCUUGGACAAAAGAAAAACAUUAAAGUAGUGCACGACCUUGUAAUAUUUCCUAUGUGUACCUCUGCUCUGUUUUUUCAUCAGGUAGUUCAUCUUACAACAACAUGAAGGGUUUAAUGUGAUUAUCUUGAAAGGUUGUGUGUUGGUCUCAUGGCCAACACUGUUGUUUGACUGUGACAAAUGUACUAAAGCAUAAGCACUAGUGUUUA